AUGGCCGACGCAGAGGAAAAGGCCCGCAAGGAGAAGAUUGCUGCGGCCAAGAAGCGAGUCGAGCAAAUGAAGAAAAAGAAGAAGGGUGCGCCAGCCAAACAGACGAAGGCAGAAUCGCCCGAGACCCCUGCUCCCGAACCUGUUGAGGAGAAGGUCGAAGACGCCCCUGCAGUCGAAGAGAAGCCCGCCGAAGAACCAGUCAAGGAGAAGACGGAGGAUAAGCCAACAAAGGCGCCUGCCACAGACGAGAAGAAGCCUCUUAAGAUCGAAACCAAAGACGAAGACGAUAGUGAUAGCGACAGCGACAGUGAGAGUGAAAGCGAUAGCGAUGAUGAGAACUCGCCUGCAGCUACCCCAUCCCUGGCACAGCAGUCAAAGCUGAGGUCAACGUCUUUCCGCGCCGGCUCUAAUCCUUCAGGAGGGGCAGCAUCUCCUUUCAGUCCCAACAGCGAAACUGCGCCGGAUAUCUACAGAAAGCACAUGGCUCGUAUUGAAGAGCUAGAGAAGGAAAAUAAGCGCUUGUCUAAAGAGGCUGCCGAUUCAGAGAAGAGGUGGCAGAAAGCCGAGAAUGAGUUGGCCGAUAUUCGUGAGGCCGAGGGCGAGGAACCCGUCAAGACCGGCCGCCACGAUGAUGGCCUUUGGGACAGCUUGAAGAGCCAGUUAGCCUCACUCGAACGCCAGAAUUCUCAGCUCCAACAACAGGUGUCGCGUGGGCCAGCUCAUGGCCAUCGCCAAUCCGUGUCAAUGGCUUCACCACCAGCGGAUUUUAAAGCUGAGCUGGAGGCCAAGACAGCAACCAUCGAGUCCAUGGAGAUUGAGAUUUCGAAACUCAGAGCACAGGCUGAGCGCCACGCCAGCGGAUCAACAUCGGAGAAGGAGCAGGUCACUGCUCUUGAGGACAAACUCGCCCGUGCUGAGGCUGCGGCAGGCAAGGCCCAGCGCGAGCUCCAGGACCUUAAGCGCAACCUCGAGAGGACAGCAGAGAAGGCAGUACGCGAGGGUAGCGAAAGAACGAGCGCCGAAACCAAGGUGAAGACGCUGGAGCAUGAACUUGAAGAAGUCAAGAGCGCGCGCGACGAGCUUGAGAAGAAGGUGGAAGCACUGGAUAAGAAAGCUACAACCCUUGCCACACUACACAAGGAGCAGGAUUCUCGUUUGCAGUCAGUUAAGAAGGAAAAGGAGAAGGCGGAACGUGAGGUCACCGAGUUACAGGCAAAGGUCGAGAAACUCGAAAGUGAAAACACGAAACUCAAGAGCCGCAAGUCUUUGGAAGGUGGUGGCGGAUUAGACGAUGAAGGUGUUGACGAGCUUGAGGAUGAGGAACGACAGAAGCUUGAGAGGAAGAUCCGCGCUCUUGAAAGCGAAGUUCACGAGCUUCGAAGUGGAGCAUGGAUCGAAAAGCGCCGUGAGUUGGAGGCGACCAGCCCAGGCUUCCAGGACGUAGACCUCUCUACUGGAAAUCCUUUGUCUCCAACUGGGCGACGGAAGUCUGCUGCCGGAGGCAUUGGCGACUUCUUCACAAGCGGUCUCAAUGCACUUGCUGGAGGUGGUGAUGACGAAUUUCUCGAAGAUGAUGAUAUGGACUUUGAUGAAGAUGCGUUCCGCAAGGCGCAAGAGGAAGAGUCCAAGAGAAGAAUCGAGCGUAUUAAAGAGAUCAAGCGAUCACUUAAGCAUUGGGAAGGCUGGAGGCUGGAUAUUGUUGACAUCAGGAGAGGAGGUAAUGAAGGUGCUGGUGAGAUCUUUGACGUCUAA